AUGUCCUGCACUGUCUAUGGUAUUGGGUCCAUAAGAUUGAAGAUGUGGGAUGGAACUGAAAAAGUACUUCAAGAAGUGAGAUAUAUUCCCAAUUUAAAAAGGAAUUUGAUCUCACUUAGCAGCCUUGAUCAAAAGGGGUACUGUUACAAGGCUAAGGAUGGAGUCUUAAAGGUGAUCAAAGGAGCCCUGCUGGUCAUGAAAGGUGUGUUGAAACAGGGUCUAUACAUACUGCAAGGUUCAACCAUUUCAGGAGAAGUUGAUGCUGUGACAAGUUCUAAGAAGGAUGAGACUGAAUUGGGGCAUAAACGCCUAGGCCACAUGAGCAUCAAAGGGCUACAAGAACUAGGAAAGCAAGGCCUAUUGGAUGCCAAACAAAUCAGUGAUCUAAAUUUCUAUGAAACAUGUGUUCUUGGAAAAUCUCAAAGGCUAAGGUUUGUUUCUGCCACACACAAAACUAAAGGAACACUUGACUACAUACACUCAGAUUUGUGGGGCUUUUCAAAGAAUUCUGAGAUGCAGGUGGAGCUACCAAUAGAAACAGAAAUUUCUGGAGAACAUGAAAAUUUCUUCCAAGAUCAAGGUGGAGCUAUUCUGAAUGCAUCACAAGCUGAGUAAUAUGAACAACAAACUGAGGGACAAAGGAGCCAGUUGACAGAGAACUUGGAGCAAUCAAAAGAAGGUUUCAGAAAUGAAGAAAAUCAGGAAGAGAGUCUAGCCGAUUAUGUACUGACAAGGGAUAGAACAAGGAGACAAAUCAGACCGCCUUCCAGAUUUGUAAAUGCUGAUCUUAUUGCCUUCACACUUAAUGUGGCAGAUCAGUUAGAGCUAGAUGAGCCUGCCACUUACAUGGAAGCAAUCAGAAGCAAGGACUGGCCAAAGUGGAAGAAAGCUAUAGAGGAUGAAUUGCAAUCUUUAAUCAAAAAUCAUACUUGGGUCUUGAUUGAUAAACCAAAGGGACAUAAGGUAAUUGGCUGGAAAUGGGUGUUCAAGAGAAAACCAGGAAUUC